UGAGUUUGGCGCUUUUUCUGGAUCUCACAUAUCUGAUCCCCACAGGUGUACGUAGUUCCCUGUUUGUGUGUGACAUCUAAUUUUGCUGGCUUUUCUACGUUCUUUCAAACGUAAUUCACGAUACCUUCCGUCCUAUAUUGGACUCGGGUCUAUUCUCUCUCUCCAGCCCUUCUGUGUCAAACAAACUCUAAUGGAGUCUCUGAAAUUUACUAGUUUAAUCCCAUGCAAAUCAUCCGUAAAUCUGAUUCCAACUACUAAAUUUGUGAAUCAUGAGGUGAUUGGGCAAGCAGGUUUUGUUCCUCUGUGGAAAAGAAGAAGUAGAAGACCGGCUUUGAGGCUUAGAGCACAAGUUUCAGGUGGAAGUGGCGGUGCCCAAGACGGGGCUUCAGCAGUUGAAGACCAGAGGGAGGAAAAAGGUGUUCUUUUGGGCGCCGAGACGGAUAGCUCUGGCUCUGUUAUUGGGUUUAACUUGAUUCCUCCCAAUGGUGAACUCAAAGUCCCUGACUCGUCUCCUGAAGAUGCAACUUCCGAUAGAGUGGACGAAACAGAGGACAUAGAUGGCAAAGAAAAAUCCAAAGCAAAAGUAACACGCAACAUUGUGUUUGUUACUGCUGAAGCUGCACCUUAUUCAAAGACAGGAGGCUUAGGAGAUGUUUGUGGUUCUUUGCCUAUUGUUCUAGCUGCUCGUGGACACCGUGUUAUGGUUGUCUCUCCUAGAUAUCAAAACGGUACUGCUGCAGACCAGAAAUUUUCUGGUGCUCUUGAUUUGGAUACCCACAUCAAGAUCUAUUGUUUUGGAGGAGACCAAGAAGUUGCUUUCUUCCAUGAAUACAGGGAAGGUGUUGAUUGGGUAUUUGUGGACCACCCAUCAUUCCACAGGCCUGGAAAUCCAUAUGGAGAUAGUUUUGGUGCAUUUGGUGAUAAUCAGUUUCGGUUCACUUUACUUUGCCAUGCAGCAUGUGAAGCACCAUUGGUGCUUCCAUUGGGAGGGUACACCUUUGGGGAAAAAUGCCUAUUUAUGGUCAAUGACUGGCAUGCAGGCCUUGUGCCAUUACUUUUGGCUGCCAAGUAUCGUCCAUAUGGAGUUUAUAAGGAUGCCCGAAGUGUUGUUGUAAUUCAUAACCUUGCACAUCAGGGAGUGGAACCUGCAGUAACAUUCAAGAAUUUGGGGAUACCUCCAGAGUGGUAUGGAGCACUGGAAUGGGUGUUUCCAACAUGGGCAAGGACCCAUGCUCUUGACACAGGUGAAGCAGUGAACAUCCUAAAGGGUGCAAUUGUGACAUCUGAUCGGAUUCUGACAGUCAGCGAGGGAUAUUCCUGGGAAAUAACAACUGUUGAAGGCGGAUAUGGUCUAAAUGAGCUACUAAGCAGUAGAAAGAGUAUUCUCACUGGAAUCACAAAUGGCGUUGAUGUGGUUGAAUGGGACCCAUCUUCUGAUGUGCAUAUUGCUUCCCACUAUUCUGCUGAUGAUCUAUCCGGAAAGGUUCAAUGCAAGCUUGCUUUGCAGAAGGAAUUAGGUCUUCCCAUUAGGCCUGAUUGCCCAUUGAUUGGAUUCAUUGGGCGACUGGACUACCAGAAAGGCAUUGACCUGAUUCAGUUGGGAAUGCCACAGCUUAUGGAAGAUGAUGUGCAAUUUGUUAUGCUGGGGUCUGGGGACCCACUGUGUGAAGAUUGGAUGAGAGCAGCAGAAGCAACAUAUAAAGAUAAAUUCCGCGGUUGGGUUGGAUUUAAUGUCCCAGUUUCUCAUAGAAUAACUGCAGGCUGUGACAUACUCUUGAUGCCCUCAAGAUUCGAGCCCUGUGGACUAAAUCAGUUGUACGCAAUGAGAUAUGGAACUGUACCAGUGGUUCAUAGCACAGGAGGACUUAGAGAUACAGUAUUGAAUUUUAAUCCAUAUGCUCAAGGUGGCCAAGGCAACGGGACAGGGUGGACUUUCUCUCCACUGACAAAAGAGAGCAUGUUGGCGGCGCUGAGACUUGCAUGUAGGACUUUCACAGAGUAUAAGCCUUCUUGGGAGGGAUUGAUGAAAAGAGGUAUGGAGAGAGACUUCACAUGGGAAAGUGCUGCAGUUAAGUACGAGCAGGUCUUCGAAUGGGCAUUUAUCGACCCACCGUACAUUAGCUGAGGAAGUAAAAGACUAAAAGAAAAUAAGAAGCAAGAUAUGAAGAAUAACCUCCAAAAUUUUCCUGGUUCAUUGACUCCGAGUCCUAAGUAUAGGGUAUCCGUAUCCUGUUUCUUAUCCAUCAGCUGAGAUCCUACACACUUACACAGAGAAGCUUUUGUCUUGGUUGAUUUCUUUGGUCUACACGGAAGUGUACAGGAGAGUAAUUAUUUUACAUCAUUCUGAUUCAUU